AUGCCUUCGACCAGUGCUACGAGCUCCCUGGAGGGUGCCCCUCUUGCCGACUACUUCUGGAUAGCAGGCGUGGACGGAUCAGAGGUCUUGGAAACCUAUCGACGACUGGGCGACGACUAUCGCAUCAACAGUGCCGCUUCGACGGGCCCCGCGCUCGCCGAUGCCAUUCAAGAAGAUGCCGACGCCGAAGAAGAAUACAACCCGGAGGAUGCCUCCCGGCCUCCCUCGACAUUAUACACGGGCCCUACCCGCCGCAGCUCCAACCAACGAUUGUCGACUCUCUCAAAAGAUUCAGGGCAGACCAAUGGUACCAGCAGUAAUCGGAGUAGCGUGACGGUCAAGGGUGCGUCGUCACCCUUACGGGCCUCGGCGAUGUUUGACGGAGAAUUCGAUUUCGACUCAGCAUUGUUCAAAUUUGCGAAUGAGCGGGACACAUUCUUGACUGAUUUGAGUUUGAGUGCCGGCGCUAUCACCCCAAACUCCCGCCCGCGAUCUCGUGUCCGGACACAGAAGAUCGUUGCGGAGGAUUCGCCGUCCCCUGGAGGGUCCGGUUUGCUCAGAUCCGGCAUUGGCAGUGUUCGUCGGCAUAUGGCAUUUCGGGAUAUGAGCAGUAUGAAGAGGCAACCCUCGAUUGCUCGCCAAGCUUCGGUGCGAACUUCUAGAAGACUCAGCAAUUACAACUCUGUGAUUCCGGUUCCGCAACCCCUCGAAAUCUCCCCCGCCAUGCAUCCGUUGAAGCGCCGUUUUGAACCUGUUCUACUUGACCGAUACCCCACCCGAGACAUGGCAGACGAUACCAAGCAGCGUGGCAGAUUUCCGGAUUAUGUCCCGAUGUUCGCGUUCCCAAAUGAUAUCAAUAUUGUGUCCUCUGACGAGCGGCCGCGCUCUACAUGGCACGGCUUUGCCAUGACCACGGACAACGGUUCCAAGCUCCAUGCGAUUUGCUUGAUUAUCUGGAUCCCUCUCAACGCAUUGGCCGCAGAUGAGCUUGAGAAACGUUGUGAGGAAUGGCGGAGGGACAACAUGACCGAUGAGGAGCGUGAGCUGGCGGCUAGUCUCGGCGAGAGGCUUGCACAGGAGCGUGCCAAGCUCUCGCAGCUCCUUGCGCAGCUGCCAAACGUGCCAUCAGGCUCCGAGUCCCGGGAGCAGCUCGAGGACGAGAUUAGUGCCGUCGAAGAGAAGAUUGGGCUGAUGACCGAUCUGCUGCGACCUAUGGUGAUACUGGAUUCUGGAUUCCCCGUGCCUACGGUCCUCCUCGGCCGUGAGGCCAACAUGACUACCUUCUGGAAGGAAUGGCUCAAGGCGGUUGUUGUUCCCAUGACCGAGGGUAGUGUUCGGCGAAUCCCGCCAAGCUCACCGCGAAUGGGUGUUUGGCAGCCGCUCGAGCGAUAUGUCAUGAACCUUUGCACGGAGGCAUUCUGCCCUGUUUCCUCGAAGACUCAAGUCGAGCUCGCAAUCAGAGAUUUGCGCCUCUUCGCGCGGCAGGAAGCUUCCAAUGAGCUCCCUGGGUCUCGUAACACCGAUCUAUAUGCCCUUUUCCGAACUCUUUCCAUCCCCAACAUCAUGAUUUUGUUCGAGUAUGCUUUGACCGAGUCCCGCAUAAUCUUCUUGUCCUCUCACACCUCCAUGCUCUAUCUCGCGACCCGGGCCUUGGUCGAUCUGUUGUUCCCGAUCGAGUGGGCAGGUGUCUUGAUUCCAGUGCUUCCUGCUCGUUUAGUCCAGGCCAUCGAAGCCCCGUGUCCGUACAUUGUGGGUAUCGAGCGUCGUUAUGAGAAGGUCGAAUUACCAACCGACGACUUUGUCUUGGUGGAUCUGGACAAUGACAUGAUUGAAAGCACCGUCCAACCUACCUCCCUUCCCCGUCACCAACGCCGAAAGCUCCUAUCGCUCUUACAGAUGGCCGCUCCACAUCAUGGCCGCUGUAGGGUUCCAACAGGACCUCCAGCAUAUGCGGUUGAGACUUACCCAUGCGACACGUUCUUGACAGAAACGCCAGCAUCAUAUACCUCCAAAGCCCCGCCAACCAACCUGGCCAAAUAUGUGGGUCUCAACUCAAGCGCAUUCGGUUCAACCGCCGUGGUUCCAGGUGCUUAUCAACCACCAAUCUUUAAUGCUUUCCUUCAUGCCCGCCAGGAACACGGGUCUACAUCUCGCGGAUACUCUUCUAAAGGAUCUGAUCGACCGGGAACUAGCUCAACGACCAAGGCCGGUGCCUCUCCCCCUUCUCCUCGUGAGAGCUCCUCCCCCCCCUCGGGCCAUUUCCCCCCGCCGCCGCCUACGCCUUCGUCCCGUAAUGACUCCGGUAUGGCUUUGCAGGCUUCACUGCGUGAGAAGCGCUCCGGUCACUUCGAUGCUGCAUCGAGAAGAAGCUCCUCUCUUGGAAUGACUCGCCGCCCCAGUGCGCCGUUCCUCGGACAUGCCUCCAACCUUUCAGUCACCACUCUGAACACAGACUACAGUCAAGGUUCAACCUAUGCCCCGUCUGUCUAUGCUCAAUCCACCAUCGCCGCGUCGACUAUUGUCCCGCCGUCUAGUAUGCAGCAUGUCAGCAAUGCCGAGGGAACCUGCUGGGUGGAAGGCCAUUAUUUCCAAACCCAGACAUGGGACGACAAGUUGGUCUGCGCCAUCUGUGAUGACCGAGCAGAGGAGGGCAUGUAUAAAUGCCAAGCCUGCAAAUUGACUGUCCACAACCGAUGUGCUUCUCAAGUCUGUCUUGUGUGUGACGCGGCGUUCCACCCUGAUCAGAUUCGUGCAGCCUUUGUGAGGUGCUUCGCUAGCUUAUUCUAUACCUACAAGAAGUAUCUUGUGCCUGCCAGUAGCGACAAGAGGAAGGCCGGGAUGUACUAUGUUUUCAACAUGGAAGCCUUCAUGAAGAGUCUUCCCAGCGAGCAUGCCGACUACAUUGCCGUCCUGCAACAGACCCAGGGCUUCAACGAAUUCAUUAGUGAGCGAGAGCGAACUAGCCCCAAGGCCAAGGACUCGAAGAUGGCAUUGUUCGACGAGAUUGUUCUUUCGAAGCGCAACCGAGGUCGCACUUCCAUCUUCUCUGGCCGUUCGACAACCGACUUCUUGUCAGAUACCUCGAACCAUCUAUGGCGGACUGCCAGCGCUGCCUUCUUCACCCCCACUAGUCGGAGCCAGCAGAGCCUUUCUGCCGACUACACUCGGGUGGCUACCAGAGCGCCGGCGAAACUCGAUACCAGUCUGAUGACAGAGCCUCGCAUGAUUCACGGGGCUCCACGGGUAUCCAAGACGGCCACUGCCCGCAGGAAGCCACUACCUAAACUGCUGAACGGGCUGGCGAUCUCCCCGUCCUCCCCGCCGAGUUAA